CCCCGCGGCAUGCCGGGAGCUCGGGGACGGGGGCGCGCGGCCCGGUCGGCGGGCGCCCAGCGAGGGUGCCGAGCGCAGACCCUCUCCUCCCCGCUCGGGAGGCGGAGAUGCAGCGCCGCGGCCCUUACCCGAGCGGGUGCGAGGGCGACGAAACCGGCCUCCCGCCACCGCCUUUAACCACCGCCUGCUGCUGCGGAGAGGCGGCGCCGCCCGCUCCCGGACGCCCAGCGAUGCCGGCCUCAGCGAACGCCGGCCGGGGCGGGGCGCCGUCGUGCUCCUGAUUGGCUGGCUGCGCGGGGCCGCCUCGCUCGCAGACGCCGAGGGGCCGGGCGGGAAAGGCCAGCUGUGGCCGGCGGGGAUUGGCGGAGGGACCCGGGACUUACACGCCUCUCCCCGACGUUGGUGGGCUGGUGGGUGGGGCGGCCGGGCUGGGCCCCGCGGAGGGGCAACUCGUGAUUGGCCGGCGCGCUUUCCCUGCGGCUCUGGCGAUUGGCGGCUGGCCGGGUGCGCGGCGCUGAUUGGGCGGCAGCCCGCCUUGGUCCCGCCCCGCCGCCGGGGUUGACUGGCGGAAGGGGAAGUGGGGGGGCAGGCGGCGGUGGGAAGAUGGCGUACCAGAGCCUCCGGCUGGAGUACCUGCAGAUCCCGCCGGUCAGCCGCGCCUACACCACCGCCUGCGUCCUCACCACCGCCGCCGUGCAGUUGGAAUUGAUCACACCUUUUCAGUUGUACUUCAAUCCUGAAUUAAUCUUUAAACACUUUCAAAUAUGGAGGCUAAUCACCAAUUUCUUAUUUUUUGGUCCAGUGGGAUUCAAUUUUUUAUUUAACAUGAUUUUUCUAUACCGCUACUGUCGAAUGCUAGAAGAAGGCUCUUUCCGAGGUCGGACAGCAGACUUUGUAUUUAUGUUCCUUUUUGGUGGAUUCUUAAUGACCCUUUUUGGUUUGUUUGUGAGCUUAGUUUUCCUGGGCCAGGCCUUUACGAUCAUGCUCGUCUACGUGUGGAGCCGAAGGAACCCGUAUGUGCGCAUGAACUUCUUCGGCCUUCUCAACUUCCAGGCCCCCUUUCUGCCCUGGGUGCUCAUGGGCUUUUCCUUGUUGCUGGGGAACUCGAUCAUUGUGGACCUCCUGGGCAUUGCAGUUGGACACAUAUAUUUUUUCUUGGAAGACGUAUUUCCCAAUCAGCCUGGUGGCAUCAGAAUUCUGAAAACACCGUCUAUUUUGAAGGCUAUUUUUGAUACACCAGAUGAGGAUCCAAAUUACAAUCCACUACCUGAAGAGCGGCCAGGAGGCUUCGCCUGGGGUGAGGGCCAGCGCCUUGGCGGCUAAAGCGGCAGGUGCCAACCACGAGACCCAGCUGGGAAGGACUUGGUGGCACACCCAUUGGGAUUCUUUUAGCCUUUGUGUCAUGAAAGUGUGGACGCUUUUGACGGCUUGGCAGGUUUGAACUCCAGAAGCACUUUAUGGAAUGGUACACUAACGGAUCCAAACGCACUCGGAGCGGCCGGUCGGACCGGCCCUGGCAGCGUGAUCUCUCUGAGCCGGACCGCCGCCAGCCACCACGCCCCCGCGCGCUCGAGCUCUGGGGACUCAUCCAGAGCUCCCUCCUCCUCUUUGAUAGACGAGGCCGUGGGUAAAUGGAAGUUUCAGAGAGGACACAAUAAAACUGAGUUCCAUCUCUCUCA